CGCCGGCCGGAACCCCCCCCGGCCGCCCCCGUGCCCCCUGCGCCCCGCGCCGAGCCGCCGCGCCGUCCAUGCACCGCUUGAUGGGGGUCAACAGCACCGUCGCCCUCGCCGCCGGGCAGCCCAAUGUCUCCUGCACGUGCAACUGCAAACGCUCUUUGUUCCAGAGCAUGGAGAUCACAGAGCUGGAGUUCGUUGAGAUCGCCAUCAUCGUGGUGGUGGUGAUGGUCAUGGUGGUGGUGAUCACGUGCCUCCUGAGUCACUACAAGCUGUCGGCGCGCUCCUUCAUCGGCCGGCACAGCCAGGGCAGGAGGAGAGAAGAUGCCCUCUCUUCGGAAGGAUGCCUCUGGCCCUCGGAGAGCACGGUGUCAGGCAACGGCAUUCCAGAGCCGCAGGUCUAUGCCCCUCCGAGGCCCACCGACCGUCUGGCCGUGCCCCCCUUCACCCAGCGGGACCGCUUCCAUCGCUUCCAGCCCACGUACCCGUACCUGCAGCACGAGAUCGACCUGCCGCCCACCAUCUCGCUGUCGGACGGGGAGGAGCCCCCGCCCUACCAGGGCCCCUGCACCCUCCAGCUGCGGGACCCCGAGCAGCAGCUGGAGCUGAACCGCGAGUCCGUGCGCGCGCCCCCGAACAGAACCAUCUUCGACAGCGACCUGAUGGACAGCGCCAUGGUGGGCGGCCCUUGCCCCCCCAGCAGUCACUCGGGCAUCAGCGCCACGUGCUACGGGGGCGGCGGGCGCAUGGAGGGGCCGCCCCCCACCUACAGCGAGGUCAUCGGGCACUACCCUGGGUCCCCCUCCUUCCAGCACCAGCAGAGCAGCGGGCCGCCCUCCUUGCUGGAGGGGACCCGGCUCCACCACGCACACAUCGCCCCCCUGGAGAGCACAGCUGCCUGGAGCAAAGAGAAGGAUAAACAGAAAGGGCACCCUCUCUAGGAAUGCCGGGGCCGGGGCCGGGGCCGGGGCAGCAGGAGGUAAAAGGCAAAACACUCCGCACUUCUUGAACGAGAAGACAGAGGAGGACUGGGCGGCACCCACAACGUUCGGCGCGUCACCAUCCCCUCCCCCUCUCUCUGUGUAUAAAUAUUUACAUGUUCUGUCUGGUCUGAAUGCACAAGCUAAGAAAGCUUGCAAAAAACCACGUUUCUUUGUUGAGCUGUGUCUUGAAGGCAAAAGAGAAAAAAAAAAAAACCCACAAAAUCUACCCUAGUCUUUCCUGUUUCUAGUUGAGCUGCGUGCGUGAAUGCUUCUUUUCUUUUGUUUGUUUAUGAUGAUUUCACUUAACUUUAAAGACAUAUUUGCACAAAACCUUUGUUUAAAGAUCUGCAAUAUUAUAUAUAUAAAUAUAUAUAAAAUAAGAGAAACUGUAUUGUGAGGGCAGGAGUAUUUUUGUAUUAGAAGAGGCCUAUUAAAAAAAAAAGUUGUUUUCUGAACUAGAAGAGAAAAAAAUGGCAAUUUUUGAGUGCCAACUCAGAAGGCGUGUAUUACCUUGUAAAGAAAAAAAGUACAAAGCAGGGGUUUAGAGUUAUUUAUAUAAAUGUUGAGCUUUUGCACUAUUUUUUAAUAUAAAUAUGUCAGUGCUUGUUUGAUGGAAACUUCUAUCAUGUCUGUCGAGAUUUUUAAGGGAGAAAUGUCGAAAUUUCACAGUCGACGUCAGGCAGAGGGCGGGCUCUUACACGGAUUUUGGAGAGGCUUCCGGAGGGGGCCGCUUUCCUGCGAAGUGGAAGCUUCUGGCUAGCGAUAGGUUAUUACCUUGUUAUACAUUCCCCACCGAAGGAGACACGUGUCCCACGUGUCAUCCCCACCCCCCCCCC